AUGAAGAGCAUUCUCCUUUUCCUCAUUUUGCUGGGAGUAGUAUCUGGAAGAAAAACCCAAUUGCUUAAGGGCUUACCUGCAACAAGCACUGUUGAAGAAAACACUGCAGCUGGUGUUUCAGUCUGUGACUUCAAUGUAACUGUUUCUCCACUGUCUUCUGAAGGUGUUGCAAUUCUUCCUACCAUAGUAAAUUCAAAUCCACUUACAGAGGCUUUUGAUAUUGAAUCAAAAGGAGGCCUUGAAUUCAGGGUUGUUACCACUGGAAACCCUGUCCUGGAUUAUGAAACAAUGCCAAAGAGCUUUGAUUUACAGAUUUUCGUUGAAGAUACAACUGGAAGAACUGAUCUUAACAUAUUGACUAUUCGAGUAACAGAUAAAAAUGAACAUCCUGUAUUUAGAGGAAAUAUGGCAAUUCAAACUCUAAUGAUCUAUGUGUUGGAAGGAACACGUCCAGAACGCAUUUACCAAGUUGAUGCAGCUGAUCCUGAAAAUGACAAACUCAAAUAUUCACUGCUCCCUACAACAGUGCCAUUCUUGAUCACGGAAAGUGGAGCCAUUUUCUCCAUGAAAGAAUUUGAUUAUGAGAAAGAUCCACAUUGUUACUUUUUAAAUGUAACAGUGACAGACCUGGAUGGACUCAACUCAACUAAAACAGUAAAUGUAAAUAUAAUUAACACCAACGAUGAAAGGCCUUACUUUACCACAAAACAAACAAUCUAUAGAAUUCCAGAGGAACAAAGCCCAGGUGCCAUUGUUGCCAAUAUAACAGCUAAAGAUCCAGAUGAUGAAGACUCUCCCAGCAGACUUUUCUACAGCAUCCAAUCUUCUGACAGAUACUUCUCCAUAAAUCCAUCGACUGGAGUGCUGCAGGUGACCGGGAGAAUCGACCGCGACGCCCUUCCACUGCGGCUCCAUCCCAACAUCUCACUGAGAGUCCGGGUGGAGGACAGUCCCAGCAAUGGUCACGCCAGUGAAAUGGAGAUCACAAUCGUUAUUUCUGAUAUCAAUGACAACCCACCAGAAUGCAGUCCUUCUGCCUUCAGGAAAGAAGUAAAUGAAAACACGGCUCCUGGGACAUUUCUCAUUGAUCUUAGAAAUUACUGUAAAGAUAUUGAUGUUGAUCCGUCAAACAAUCAAUUUAAUUUCACUGGAUUAUCUGGCUUUGGAAGCAAUAACUUCACUCUGGAUUCCACUGUGUCUGGAAGACUUGUGAUGACUGGAACUAUUGAUUUAGAGAACCCUGCUAAUCCAGGAAUUGAAGUUUAUACUUUGACUGUUAGGGUGCAAGAUAUUGACCAUCCCAACUACUCAAAUAUCAUCUACAUUUACAUCAGGAUAAAACCAGUGAAUGAAUUUUUCCCAGUCUUCAGUACUUCAUCUUAUGUAUUUAAUGUUUCAGAAAUUACUAAAGCUGGAUCCAGCAUUGGAAGAGUGCAUGCCAUAGACAAGGACUGGCCACCCACUAUCAUCACUUAUUCCAUUGUAGCAGGAGGAGGCACCAGAGAUUACACAAAUGUCUUCUGGAUCAGCUCAACCAAAGGAGAUGUGAGGAUUUUAGCUAGAUUAGACUAUGAAACGACUCAGAAACACAUUUUCACAGUACAGGCCUCAGACCAAGAGAAGUUUACAACAGCAUCAGUAACUGUGAAUGUUUUGGAAGUAAACGAUGAAGAACCAGUUUGUUCACCUAAUUUCUAUUCAUUUCAAAUCCCAGUCAGCUUAGCUGUUGGGACAAAUAUUAAUGGCUUCAGGAUUGAAUGUCAAGAUCGUGAUUCUGAUCCCAGGUCUUUCCGUUACUUCAUUAAUGAAGGCAAUGAGAACAAUCAUUUCACUUUUUCACCAAGAGCCGGCUCCAAUACAUCUCGGCUGAUUCUUGCAUCACGGUUUGACUAUGAGAGCGGGUUUGACACAAGCUGGAUUUACAAUCUGCGUGUCUACAUAACAGAUGACAAUUUACUGUCUGUCAGGGACAAAACUACACAUUUAAUUGGAACUGGAACGGUGACUUUAAGUAUCAGAGUUAUCCCAAACCCAACUACUGCCAUUACCACGACGCCCGGCUUCACUGUCGUGACAAGAAGGGAGAACCUUUACUCUGCAUCGGCGUGGUACGUGCCGUUCGUCGUCACCCUUGGCAGUUUGCUGCUCCUCGGAAUGCUGGGGUUCCUGGGAUUCCUGCUGGUGACCUGGGCCCGCACCUGCUGCCCUCCAGCAGCGAGAGCACACCGCACACCUCUGAUAAAUGCUCCAGAAAAGAAGAAACGUAAGAAAGAUGUGGUUGUGACGAUGACAAAGCUAAACACUGUUUUUGAUGGAGAAGCCAGAGACCCAGUUACUGGCAGAAUGUAUGAAUUCAAUACACGGUCGGGGGCCCGGAGGUGGAAGAAGAGCAAUGAGCCCCUUCGGCCAACGCUGGCUGGUCAGGUAACACCCAGUGCCACAGACAAUAGUGGCCAAGGGACAGACAGAGCAGAGGCAGCAAGCAAAAAAGAACCUUCAGAGAAGAGGAAAGAGCUGACUGCAGCAACAAAACCAGCUACCAAACCCUCAGCGGACCAGGAUGGGCUGAGAUUACAAAAGCAGAAAGAGGAGUCUGAGGGCAGGGGCUUAUCCUCAGUGGCCCCUCAAGGCAGGAACUGA